UCCCUCUUCCCUUUGCUGCUUCCGUUGCCGGUUUCGCCGCCAGAAACUAUGCCAGGGAGCCGGGGUGGGAAGCCUCGGAAAGCCGCCAACCCCAUCGUAGGGGUUGGGACGGAAUCGGUGACAGAACGAGUCCUCUACGAGUCCCACUCGCUUUAUGUGCAUCCGAAGCAUGGUUUGGUGUCCAUAGGAGAGCGCCUGGGCCUGAACCUGCUUCCCCCUCGCCGUAGAGUGACUGUCAUGGUGAUGGGCAACCACAGUGCUGGGAAGAGCAGUUUUAUCAACUGGUAUGUGGAGGAACACAUCCAACGUACUGGGGUUGCUAUUGAGACUCAAGGCUUUACCUUCAUCACCAGUGGAAAGAAGCGAGAAUCUCUCACGGGCAAUGCUACACUCCACCUCUACCCUCAUUUUCAGAUUUUGCAGAACUUCAAAGGAGUGCCAGAAUACCUGAGUACUGAGAUUUGUACCUCCAAGCAGAAACAAUUUCCUCUGAUCACUUUUCUUGAUACUCCAGGCUUGGUAGAUGGUGAUAUGAAAUACCCUUUUGAUGUGGAGGGAGCACUGAUCUGGUUUGGCCAACUCUGCGAUCUUAUCCUGGUCUUCUUUGAUCCCAUGGGGCAGGCUCUUUGCAAACGGACCUUAAACAUAGUGGAGAAGAUCAAUGAAGAGCACGGAGACAAGUUACACUUUUAUCUGAGCAAAGCUGAUGAGGCAGGCUCCGAGGGUGACCGGCAGCGGGUGCUGAUGCAAAUUGUUCAAGAACUUUGUAAACGCCCUGGCCUCAAUAAAUGUGGGUUUGACAUGCCUACAAUUUACAUUCCCAACUCCAAUAAGCCGAGUCGGUGCGUUAAUCAUAUUGAGGCAGUCUGUUGCACAAUUGAGAAGACCAUCAGCCAGACUGUGCAGAAUACACUCAAUGCCCUGGAAAGGGAUUGCCGGCUCAUUGAAGAGGCCACACAGCAUUUGCUAGAGAAUGACAAAGAGGCCAGAAACAGCAACUUCCAUGCUUUCUUUCGUGGGAUACUUCUGGGCAUAGCGGGUUGCCUAUUGCCUAUUUUUCUUCUUCUGGCAUUGUUAUUUGGCACAACGUUUGCUCACGAACUGUGGACCUUGGUCCUGGGGGAGAAGCAAAUCCAGACCCUGGAACUAUACACACAGCCAGUUGCAUCAUUUUGGAGGCUUGUCCCUGAAGAUCAAACCUUUACUGUGUUUUUUGGUCUUCUCUUCCUCUCGAUUCUCUUCCUACUAUUGGCCAGCUACACUCUCAGAAUGAAGCCCACUCUCUCCAAAAAACAGAAGCAGCAGUUGGAAGAUCGACGGGAUUACGUGUUGUAUGAGGUCUUGGCUAAGAAGAGAAAGCUCUAUGAGGAAUACCUUCGACAGAGCAUUGGUGAGCAGGACUUGAGCUGAAACCAGCCUAUUCUGACGAGAUACCAUGCCCCCUGCCCACACCCCAUCAAUACUUAGAGAAGAACAUUUACAACAGCAAGCUGUGAAAGUCCAGUUGAACCAAUCCAGUUGCUAUCUCUUUCACAUCUCUUUCAUGUUAGUUGGAUAGGGAUGGCAUCCUGGGCCCUUUUGAACUGCGAC